UGCAGAUAAGGCGCGGGGCCUCUCCGGAGCGGCUCCAGUGCGGCAAAGUCGCCAGGGGCCGGGCAGCAGCAUGAAGGCCCCAACCCUUCUCCUCCUCCUCCUCCUCCUCUUCUUGGGAACUGGGGACAGUCAGACCCCCUGCAGGAGCGACCUGGAGUUCGGCUGCCCCAAGGCCAACCAAGACGUCUACACUAGCUUCAGAGACGUGACCGAGAUCCCGAAGUCGGUUCCUCCCGUCAUUUCUGAAAUGUUCUUCAUCCAAACCAGCCUUCUCAAAAUAAGGGAGGGGGCUUUCAGGAACAUGCCCAACCUGGUGAAGCUCCUGUUCAUUGGGAACAAUAUCCGGACCGUUGAGGUGGGAGCGUUUGAUAACUUAGGGAAACUGGAGGAGAUGGAAAUCUCGGGGGCACAGCUGGGCCUCCUCCCAGGCGGGGUCUUCCGAAACCUGCCUGCUUUGCAGAAGCUGAACCUGCGCGACAAUCAGGUCACGGGGCUCGGGGGUGGGCUCUUCCAAGGCCUUGAAAGCCUGACAGACCUUUAUCUCCACAUCAAUGAGAUCCCUUCUCUCCCCGAGGGCAUCUUUGAUGGACUUCCCAAACUCACCACCUUACACUUGGCAAAGAACAAGAUCUCAACCCUCCCAAAGGAUGUCUUCAAGCAACUGACUCGGCUGAAGACUCUUCGGCUGUAUGAAAACGAGAUCUCUGACUUCCCGGAGCAGAGCCUGGAGAACCACCAGGGCUUGAGGGAGCUCAGCCUCCAGCACAACAAGAUCCAAACUCUGCCACCCAACUGGCUGAAGAAUCUUCCCAACCUGGAGAAGCUUUUCCUGAACAACAACCGGAUCCGAGGCCUCCCAGCAGAGGCGUUCUUUGGACUAAGGAAAAUGAAGCAGCUGAAGUUGGCUUCCAACCAGAUAGAGAUGCUCCCCGGCCCGCUCUUUGGCCCGAUGCCUCUGCUCAAGGAGCUGGACCUCAGCGUCAACAACUUGCAGACUCUGCCUGCCGGUGUCUUUGCCAACCUGACAGCUGUCACCAAGCUCACCUUGUCCAGAAACCAGCUGGUGGGUUUGCCUGCAGGUGCCUUCAUGGGGCUUGACCACCUCGAGUGGCUCAGUUUGGAGAUGAACAAUCUCUCCUCUUUGGACAGCCUGCUGAGUUCUUCCCUCCCAGGACUAAAGACCCUCAAGGUCUCCAAUAACCGCCUGGAGAGCAUCCCCGUGGGCCUCUUCGACAGCUGGGGGAAGCUCAGCUCAGUGGCUCUCAGUGGGAACCCCUGGAGGUGUGACUGCCGUCUUCUCUAUCUCCACAGCUGGAUGAGAAACAACGCUUCCAAAGUUCAAGAUGCCAACAAGGCUGUCUGUGGAAGCCCUGAGGAUCUGGCUGGGAAGGAGGUCAGCGGACUCACUGAAGGCCAGCUCAUUUGCGUAACAACCACCCCCAGUUCAACCAUGCCCAUCCCUGUGGCCACAGCAGUUCCCUCAGCCACGGAAAUCUCUACAACUGCUGGUGCUGCUUCCACCCCCCUCAAGACUCCAACCACAGCCUCUGAAAUCACAACCACCACUGGGAGGUCCACCAGAAUUCCACAGACCACAUCCACCGUCAAGACAACCCUUGAAAUCACCAGUGUGGGCCACACCACGGCUUCUGAAAUUGUGACCACCACAGAGAGGUCCACCAGAGUUCCACAGACCACACCCACUGUCAAGACAAUCCUUGAAAUCACCCCCACCCCCCAAGUAACCAGUGCUGGCAAGAGCCACACCACAGCCUCUGAAACCACUCAUGUCGGCAGUUCCGUGAUCUCACCCGGCCCGGCCACGGAGCCAUCACGGACCAGUAUGGCGGCUGUGAGGCCAGCCCCAACUCCUCAGGCCACCAGUCCAGUCAGGACGUCCAUAGGAACCCUUGAUACAACCGUAUGGACUGGCAAAUCACUUGUGACAACCACAGCCACUAACCAGAGGCCCAUCACAACACCUGCACUGGAGAUCACACCUGUGGAGACAUUCUCCUCCAUGGGGGGGUCUGUUCUAGCCAGCACGCCAGGGUGUUUGAGCCGCACCAGCCCCAGGAACGAGUGCCCUUCCAGUUCCUGGAUGGCAGAACUGGCGACUGAACAAGAACGACGAACCCCCACCAGGGCAGCUGCCCCCUUCCCCUCUGCAGAGACCCAAGCGGAGGCAUCUGUGGCUGGCGUGGCCACAACACUGCCGCAGCCCGCAAUGGACGGUGCCUCUCCCAGUCCGCCACGGUCGUCCCGCCCGACCUCUGGGCCCCGUGGCACAAACAGGGCCCCUUCCUCCCGGUCCCUGCUCCACGCCUGGGGCUUCUCACUGAGCUCCAGCCACCGGUAUUGCCCUCUCUUUCUCACGCUGUACCUAUCCGUGCUGCUUGUUGAGAUCUGCUGUGCAGUUGCUUUGGCCAGGUUUCUGUGCGUGUUGUGCAACACCAGGCACCCGCGACAUCUGCCAUCAGGGCCCAUCAAGCUGACGAGCGUCCAGCACAGGAAAUGGAGGCUUUGAGGGGGUCGGGGUGGCUUGAGAAGAAGCCCUCGGAGAGGUGGGGCAUCUCUGGGGUUGUCAGAGGCUGCCUCAGAAGUCCCUGCAGGGGCUCCCUUGCUAUCGCUGCCUGGAAUCAGGACAGAGAGGCCCUGUGUGCGAAUUCACCUGCCCAUUCAUG